CCUUGUUCCACCAACCCUUCUGUUGCCUGCUACAACACUCAGGGUUCCUUUUACUGUGGAGCCUGUCCUGCUGGUUGGCAAGGCAAUGGUUACAGCUGUCGGGAUGUGGAUGAAUGCUUGACAAAUAAUGGUGGCUGCUCCACUACUCCCAUGGUGCAGUGCCUGAACACCAUGGGCUCCUUCCACUGUGGUCCCUGCCCUCCAGGUUAUGAGGGCGAUGGAAGAACAUGCACCCAGACUGAUAUCUGUGCUACCAACAAUGGAGGCUGCUACCCAUUAGCUACUUGUUCCUCCAGCCCAGGUUCAAGUCUUCCGAUAUGUACCUGCCCUCCAGGCUAUAUAGGCAGUGGUUAUGGGCCGACUGGUUGCACCCAGACCAGCAACAUCUGUCAGACCAACAACCCAUGUGUCAAUGGGCAAUGUGUGGCUACCACCUCAACUCCUGGUUACAUCUGCAAUUGCGACUCUGGCUGGCAAGGAGUAAACUGUGACCAGAAUAUAAAUGAAUGCUUAAGCAGCCCCUGUCAGAAUGGUGGAACCUGCACAGAUGGCAUUAAUGGAUUCACAUGUACUUGCACUGCCCAGUGGACUGGCCCAUUCUGCCACACCCAACAGCAAGUAUGUGGAGGUUACCUGACUGGUCCUGCUGGUUCCUUUAGUUACCCCAAUACCCCAGGUCAUGAUGAAUAUGAUCACAUGGUCAGCUGUGCCUGGGUAAUCCGCAUUGAAACAAACAAGAUUCUGCGUAUUACCUUUCCGUUCUUUGAUCUGGAGAGCAGCACCAACUGCAACUUUGACUUCCUUCAGAUUCAUGAUGGAGACAGCGCCUCUGCUUACAUAAUUGGAAAAUACUGUGGCCAAAAUAACCCACAGGAGCUCUACAGUUCCCACAGUUCUCUAUAUUUCUGGUUUCGCUCUGACCACUCUGUCAGUGCUGGUGGCUUCACAGUUGUUUGGCAGUCCCAGGACCCAGUGUGUGGUGAUGAACUCACUGCACCCUAUGGCAACAUUAAAUCACCUGGUUACCCUGGAAACUACCCACCUAGCCGUGAAUGUUACUGGACAGUGACAGUGGAUCCCGGCUUGCUUAUUACCUUUGCAUUUGGGACUCUACAUCUAGAGCAUCACCCUGACUGUAACUAUGACUUCCUAGAGAUCCGGGAUGGUCUUCUACCUGAAGACCCAGUUCUGGGGAAGUACUGCAGUACUGCAACACCUGCCCCUCUGCAGACCACUGGUCCAAAUGCAUGGAUUCACUUCCACUCUGAUUUCACUGUUUCUGACCAAGGCUUCCACAUUACAUACACAACAUCACCAAGUGACCCUGGUUGUGGUGGAACAUUCACUGACAGUGAGGGCAUCAUCAUCUCCCCCAACUGGCCCAACGACUAUGCCCACAACCGCCAGUGUGUCUAUUUAAUCAGAUUGCCAGUGGGUGAGAAGGUGGCCCUCAAUUUCACUCAUAUGAAUCUGGAGAGUCAUGGCAGUUGCUCUUUUGAUUAUGUGGAGGUUCGUGAUGGCAGAACAGAGACUGAUCCUCUGAUAGGGAGGUACUGUGGCAGUUCUCCACCAGCCCCAAUUUUGUCAUCCUCCAAUUUUCUGUGGAUUCGCUUCAGGUCCGACAGCUCAGUCAGCCGUGCUGGUUUCAGGGCUGUCUACACUGUUGCUUGUGGAGGUACUUUGUCUGGGACUGGGCAGCUACGCUCUCCCUACCACCCCAAUUCCUAUCCCCACAAUAAGGACUGUCAGUGGGUCAUUAACCAACCAGAGGGCUAUGUGGUCACCCUCAACUUCUUGUCAUUUGAUGUUGAAGGAGGCUCCUGUCGCUUUGACUUUGUUGAGAUCCUGCAGGAAUCUGGUGCAGACUUCUCUGCCCAGACCCUCAGUGAUGCAUCCCAUUCCCUUUGA